AGACAGAACAUGCUCAGAGGAAGGAUAGAUCUCAGGGUGGAGUUACAGAGACAUUCUUCUCGAGCAUCUUUAAUUAGCAGCAGGGAGAGCUCCGGGUGAAGCACCAACUCUCUGUCUCUGAAUGCCGGCUACAGCAACUCUCUCUCUCUGAAAGCCGGCUGCACCAACUCACUGUGAAUGCCAGCUGCAGAUUUCAGAAAGGGACCAAGGCAGCUGAAUAUCGCCCUUCCAUCUACUUACAGUUAUCCUUUGUGUCCUUAUCACCUGCCUUCUAAGUCAGUUGGAACCAGUGUGGAUCAAGGCAAAGAAUGGCUAGCAGCUGCCCUCACUAGGAACUGUGUGCCCAGAUCAGGGCAGAGCAUGGUGUGGAUAGUAUUGUGGGGAACCCACCAGCUCAUCAGAAAGGUAAAUGGAAGAUCUAGAAACAAACAUACUCCAGACCAGAAAAGGACAUCGCAUAGAACAGAUGGUAGUAAGAUGGCUACGACGAUCAAGAGAUAACACAUCAUGCAGCAGGAACUCUACAGGGGAUAGCCCAAUUGCAAUACGCAAUCAAUCCUCCUGCUCCUUAAAGAUUACUGUAGUGAUAGAGAAAGAUCUGCUUCUCGGCAAUUAUGGCUUUGACAUAUCUCGAAACCCUCCCCUUACCGUCACAGCUGUCACUACAGGCAGUCCAGCUGAAGGAAAAAUUUUACCAGGUGAUCAAAUACUCAGGAUAAAUGGUGAAAAUGUGGAAAAUAUGCCUGCUGAGCAAGCGGCAAAUAUUGUCAGGGAAUCUGUGGACUCUAUUACCAUGACUGUUCUUCGAAAUACCUCGAGCCCCAAAUCAUCCUUUCUUACAGCGGAGAAACGAGCAAGGCUGAGAAGCAAUCCUGUGAAAGUGAGGUUUGCAGAGGAAGUAAUUGUAAAUGGUCACACCCAGGGCAACUCUCUUCUCUUCAUGCCCAAUGUACUCAAGGUUUAUUUAGAGAAUGGGCAAACAAAGGCAUUUAAAUUUGAGAAAAAAACAACAGUAAAGGAUAUCAUCUUGACCCUGAAAGAGAAGCUUUCAAUCAAUAGCAUUGAGCACUUUGCACUAGCUUUGGAAGAGCAGUACAACAUCUCUAAGGUUUUUCUUCUCCACGAGGAUGAACUUAUCGAACAGGUGGUGCAAAAAAAGGAAUCUCAUGACUACAGGUGCCUCUUCAGAGUCUGUUUUGUACCCAAGGACCCGUUAAAUCUAUUGCAGGAGGAUCCAGUUGCCUUUGAAUACCUCUAUUUACAGAGCUGCAGCGAUGUGCUUCAUGAAAGAUUUGCUGUGGAAAUGAAAUGUAGUGUAGCUCUGCGUCUGGCUGCCCUGCAUAUCCAAGAGCGCAUUCAUACAUGUGGCCAACCACAAAAGAUAUCUUUCAAAUACAUAGAGAAGGACUGGGGAAUAGAUAACUUUUUAUCUCCAACUCUGCUCCGCAGUAUGAGAGGAAAAGACAUAAAAAAAGCCAUAAGUUUCCAUAUGAAGCGAAACCAGUGCAUUCUUGAGCCAAGACAAAAACAACCAGUAUCUUCCUCGCAAGUAAGGCUAAACUAUUUAAGGAUACUUGGAGAUCUGAAGACAUAUGGAGGAAAAAUAUUCAGUGCAACUUUGAUGCUGCAGGACAGAGAAUCUUAUGUCACCCUACUUGUGGGAGCCAAGUAUGGCAUCAGUCAGAUAAUUAACAACAAACUGAACAUCAUGACAUGCUUAGCAGAGUUUUCCAACAUCAGCCGAAUUGAGCUAAACCCUGAGUCAGAGAAAGUGAGCAUGGUAAAAGUCUACCUACAAGAUGUCAAGCCCCUUACUUUGCUGCUGGAAUCACACAAUGCUAAGGAUAUCGCUUGUCUAAUUUCUGGAUAUUGCAAGUUGUUUGUCGAUUCCUCUACUAUCAUAUUUCGAUGGCCUGGAAGCAGCCAAUUGCAUCGAGUGUCUGCAGAAGAAGGUUAUGAAUCAAGGGUCUGCAGCGACUCUGACGAAUCUUCAGAUUUUGAUUCCUCUCUAGAACUGUCAUCUGAUCUCCACAUUCUGAAAUACCAUGGAAUAAAACCACUACAUGAAGAAGAGGAGGAUGUGGAGGAAGACGAAGAAGAAAGAGAAAAUGUUAAAGAAUAUAAAGAAGAUAGAGAAAUCGAUAGUUGUGAUGUUGGAGAAAGAGGGUGUUGUGAUGGGGGAAAUAAUGACACAGACAGUAUUUCUGAAGCUUCUGACUCUGCUGACACAGAAAGUCAAGGAUACAAAAUUAGCUGGUCAAGUGAUUCCAUUGACGCUUUGGAGGAAGAUGAUCUAGAAACAUGUUCUUCAAGCCGUCCAGAGUUUUUCCAGUUUUUCACACCCAGUUUUAAAGAUAUGGCCAUAGACAAUAAUGGUGUCUUUAAUGGAUGUUCAGAAGUGAAAGUUAGUAGUGAUGGAAGUAUAGAAUCUGAUCCACUGCUUUGUUUUCUGCAGCUUUCAAACAGCAGGGCAGAUAGUGAAGCCGAUACAAAGGAACGUUCUGGAUCACCCAGAGGCACAGAAUACCAAGAAGACAAUGUACUACAAGGCAUUUCAGUUGGAUGUCAACUUAUAGAAAACAGUUCAAUGGAAUACUACAGCCUAUGCUCUAAUGUAUCACCAGCUAGCAGCGUGGACAAAUAUAUUGCCAGUAGUCCAGAGAGCAAUUCUGUGAGAGAUCAAACAGCAGAAGCAAAGAGACGCAUGUAUAUUCUUGGCCUGAACAAUGAGGUAGAGACUCUUAUUUUAGACCCACCGCCUGGUUUUGGUGACAGUAGCUCAGAAGAAGAGUUUUUUGAUGCCACAGAUCGUUUUACUCCAACACAAACAUCUCCAGGUUCAAAAUCCAAUUUGGAAGAGAGUAAAUUUCCUUAUCCAGACAAUGUAGGAUUUAAAAACUCAAAGGCACCAGAGAAACUCAAAAAGAAGCUAUUUUCAAAAAAGGCUGACAAAGUUUUAAGAAAGAGGCGAUCUUUCUUACAGACUGACUAUACUUCUCAGGUCACAUUUCCUUUAUCACCUUCCAGCUCACUGGAAACUAUGGAUCAUGUAUGUUGCUAUGAAAAAGAGUCUCACGUGUCUAUCGAGUCACACUCUCCAACUGUUUCCUCCUUAAAGGAUACUGAAGGGGAACCUGCUUUACUAGAAACAAAAUCACUUGCCCAGCAUAAAUCUACAGCAAAAACAAAAAACAGAACACAUUCUCCAAAUUUAAUGGAAAUGGAGCCUGACACCAUGGAAAUCAAGUCUGUGACUGAUUCAGUUGUAUCUUCCAUUUCUGCUUUUCGUUAUAGAUAUGAUGAAAACAUGGACGAGAUAAAACAAUCUGAAAAACUCUAUUCACUUUAUAGUUGUAAUGAAGAGCAUUCCCCUACAGAGAACACAAUGGAAGGCAAUGAUCGGGCUAGUCCUUCCCAAAUAUCCAUACAGAUGGACAAAAUAAAUAUCAGUGGACAAAAUGAUCUCUGCUUGGAAAGGUUUAGUUUUGACACUAGCACUUCAAAGGGCUUUUUAUAUAGUAGAGAAGGCUUUGAGUCAGAGAUUACAACUACAUUUAAAAACAUAUUUGAAGACGGAGACCAACAGGAAGGUCAGGAUAAAAACUGUAGUUUAGAACCUUAUAUAGAUCCUAUAGGCAGACAGUCAUUGUACAUUGCCAAAUUGGAAAAUAAACUGGUCUCUCCAAUACCCACUGAACACAAAUCUGAAACAAAUGGAUUAAAAGUACACCAGAACAAUAAAGCUAAUGAUGAAAGUGAUUUUCAGCCACAAAAUACUGAAACACAAAAUGCUUUCCAAGCGACCAGUGUAUUAUCUGAUUUAUCCAACAGACAUAAAUCUGCUUUUUGUGAAGUAGGUCAAUUAAAUGGCAGAGAAUCAUCACCAACAUUCACUGAAGCACCUACUAUGGAAAAUAUUUAUAUACCUGGUAAUUGUUCAGUUCUGUUGAUGCCACCCUGUACAUCACCAGGAAAGCAGAAUUCUCUCAAAUUGUGUUAUGAUGAGGAUGAGGAACAGCAUGGGAAUUUCUCACAAAAAUCUGAGAAAACCAGAACUGCUAAAAAGAGCAACUUACCAAUAUCGAAAUCAAGUGCAACAGACUUCCAACACAAUGACUAUUUAAGUUAUGAUUCAUCCUUUGUGGAAAACGGGUGUCAUGAACGUGAAAAUUCAGAGAAAAGGCCUGUGGUUCCUAAAGUUGGAAACUGCAGCUGCCAGUUAUCUUAUACAAGUUGUUUUCGUGGUGGAGAGACUGAGACAGAUGAUGAAACCAUUACCAAUGGAGUAACCGUAUCAGAAUUACCGAGGACGAGACCUCCUGCAUCAUAUAAUGUACAGUUUGUGGAAGGGGACAGCACCAGGAACAGCACUGUCUAUUCAGAACAACGUGAAGCAUUUAACCAUUUAAAAGACAGAGUAUAUGAUGCUCUGACUGGUUUUGACAAAUUACAAGACAGUGUGUUGGACCUUCAAAAAAUCUUAGAAGAAAACCAAAACAAUACAGGGGUGCAUUCAAUAGAUAAUUGUGAAGCUAUUUUUACAGAACAAAAGUCAUCUCUUUGCAGUGUUUCUCGGAAUCUGGUCUCUGUCUCUCAGAAGGUUCUAAGAUUGGACCAGUCAUCAGUAGAAAUGUGCAAAGUCAUGACAGAAACUUUUUUCAGCCUUCUUCAGAUGACAGAAAUGUGCCUACAGUUUUCAAGAUGCAAUCAGUGCGACAAAAGGCAAAAUGAUGUCCAGUCAAACCUUCGGGAUCUUAUAUGUACCUAUCGUCAGUUUGUUCAGGCUGCCAAACAGGCUGUACAGUGUGAUACUCAAGACUUACAUUUGAAACUCCUGUCUCGGCAGUGCACGUCUCUUACUGCAGCUGUAUUUUGUUUAACUCAGCAGUUUAGAACAGUGAUAUCUCCAUGAAAUGCACAUAGACAUUGAGCUGUUACCCAGAAUGUGUCUGCUCCAAAAAGGCACUUGGAAACAGUAGAAUUCAGUUGAAACUAAAAUUUGCACAUCCGUUACUAAAGGCAGUAGCUAGGUAGACAAUAGAAGGGUCCAGGUUAAGGGUGAUUCAACGCCAAACUGUCACAUCUGCCUGGGCAUAAAUAUAUAUCUAUCUAUAUAUAUAUAUAUAUAUAUAUAUAGAUAGAUAUAUAUAGAUAUAUAUUUCUCCAACUGGUCCAUCUGUUUAGUUUUUUGUUGUCUUGAUGAGACCAAAUGAAUGUUUCAUGGUGUAUGUCAGAUUGAAAAAAAUAUUUAGUCUGUAUGAAUUACUUAGCACAAAGAUAUCAAUAUUGCCUUAUGAUUAUUUAUACUUUGAUGAAUGGAGAUUUAGAUGAAUGAGGCAUCAAAUAUAUUACUCUACACUCAGGGGGUUAUGUACUAAAAUCCGAAUGUAACUCAUUAUUUAGAUAAAAAACCUUGACCCAACUCCCAUACCCUAUUACUUAUUUAUCAUUAAAAAAGCUUGAUUUAAUCGCUUCGGGUAAAAACCAGAUAAAAUCUAGGUUUUUCCCCAAAACUCAAAAUUUUUCUGAUUUUUUCCCGAAAUGGUUAGAUUUUAUGGCUAAUUCCAGAGCAGACCACGGAAACUUCCAAAUAGGAUACUGACACAACCUUGGCAAGUCUUUUUGCAGCAUCAGGUUAUAAUAAAUCUUGAAAAAUUCAAGUUUUUUAAAAAAUAAAAAUGCAAAAAGCAGAUAAAGUCGGAGUUUAGUAAAUAACCCCCUCAAUGUACAAUUAUAAGAUUACACCAGUAUAAUGGACACUGUAUGUGUUUUUCAUUUGCCCUAUAUAUAGCUUCCUCUAAAGUAGAAAUAUUUAUUUGUAUAUAGCCACCAAAGAACUAGGCAACAAAAUAUACUUGUCUAUAAUUAUCUACAGUAUAUUUUCAUCUAAGAUCUAGGUUUUCUUUUUUUGUUUUAUCUUGCAAAUUCAAGAGCUGAAUGAUUGUAUUUUGCUAUAUAUUAGAUAAAACUAUAAUAUAUGCCUAAUAUGCAUUUGUAUUUUUUCAACAUAUUCAAGCGAAAAGAUGUUGCACUAUUAUAUCAAACAUGAAAUAAAAUGUGUUAGUUGUGACUCCAGGGUAAAAAAAAUCUUUUCAAGUGUCUGGAACAAUCAUAUUUGGAAUUCUAUAUAUUUAUAUGCUGUUAUAUAUAAUUAAAAAGGUACGCCAUGCCUUCCGUUUAUUGUUGUUACCUUGUUCCGAUGGAGCAUGGAAGUACGAUGCAUAAUAAAAGGGCAGGAGCAUGUUAAAUAUC